AUGCCCCAAUUACUCUCCCCGAUUGCCCUCCGGGCCCUGCGGACUCUCGUCCACCGUCCUGCGGCUUCAUCCCCUCUCCUCCGCCGCACCCUCACCACAUCUCCCGCCAACUCCUUCGCCUCGAAACAAUCCCCGAUCACCUCCCGCUUCAACUUCCAACCUGUAUUCCGCACCACAGCCGCCUUCGGCCUCUCCUCGGUGUCCAAGCGCCAAUUCUCUAGCUCGCCUAUCAUCCGCGCUACAUACAACCAGGUCCGCCGCGGUAUCCGUACCGGCCAGCGGGCUCGCCGUGGUCGCUCCCCGGCGCUGAAGAACACGCCUGGUCUCAAGGGUGUCUGUCUUAAGACCGGUAUCACCAAGCCCAAGAAGCCUAACUCCGGUGAGAGGAAGGUCGCAAGAGUCCGGUUGAGUUCUGGGAAGGUUAUCACUGCUUAUAUUCCCGGUGAAGGCCACAAUAUCCAGCAGCACAGUGUUGUCCAGGUCCGUGGUGGACGUGCUCAGGAUUGUCCCGGUGUGAAGUAUACCCUUGUUCGUGGUGCGAUGGAUUUGGGUGGUGUUGGAAGCCGCAUGACGAGUCGCUCGAAGUACGGUGCGAAGAAGCCCAAGGCCAACUAA